CAGCCCCACCAACCGCCAUCCCGAUCCUCCUAUUUGCCCCACCUCAAAAAGCUCACCAAUUCUGGUUCAGAGUCCAGACUCUCCCCUGAACUGUAUGUACAAUACCUUCGUACACCUGCAGGCCAGCAUCACCAGCCUCUCGACAAGCCAAGCGAAGGGCGAACCAAGCCGGACCGCUACAUAGACCAAAGUUGUGAACAAGGCAAAUUCAAACAACCGAACGAAAGAAAAAGAUGCCCUCAGUAAAGAACCCAAACGCCCCGUCCAAAAACCGCCUCGCCGCCCGCGCAGCAAAGCAACGCAAACAACGCCAAAAGGCUGCCGCGGCCGGCCAGCUCAAGAAAGUAAUUGCCAAGGGGGACAUGCGCCGCGGCGCCCGUCCGGGCUUGCUCCCCACCAGUGGACCGAGGAAGCCUGUCAGUGCUAAGAGACAGCGCAAACUCGAGCGCAAGAUGGGAUACGCGCUUAAGCGGAAGAUGGAGGCUGAGCUGGCCGAGGGGGAGGUGGUGAUGAAGGACGUAGAUGUCGACGAGAGCGGGAAGGUCGAGAAGGCUGGGGAUAAAAGUAGCAAGGGGAAAGGGAAAGGACAGCAAGCGGAAGAACAGGAGGUGGAGAUGGAUAUUGAGUGAUCGAGGGACUUCGAGGUCGUGCCUUGCCUAGGUGCGGAUGGAAGACGCUUCCCGCCGGCCACCC